AGAGCAAGAGAGUGAGUGAGUGAGAAAGAGAGAGAUCCUCUUUUAAAGUUUUACUGUUCCCGGGCAGGUUACCACAACAGAGAGAUCAGUCUGAGAGUAGAAGAGGAAGACGAGGCAAGAUCAAGGGGGGAAGCUAAGAGAAGAUGCAGUUUUAUACAAAGAGGCAUUGAUAAUCUGACAGAAGUGGGAGUGAUGUGGAACGUAGCCACUUUGCUUUUUUCAUAGACAUCAACUUAUGCAGUUAAAUCAAUUUUUUUCAAUUUCCAGUUUGUAAGGCUUGAAAAUUGUUUAAGUUGGACCAAAGAAGAGAGCAUCGGACGAUCUGAAUGUGGAAAUAUUCUGAAGUUGUUGUGACUUUUUAAACACUCAUCUGGACAUUGUUUUCCUCUUCACCAUGAGAGCCACGUGGACUGUUCUGACACUGGCUUUGGUCCUUCCUCUUCUCACUGUCCAAACAGAAACAUCCUGCGAAAUGGGGUACAGCAGGGUUGACCAAAACUGUGUUGAUGUCAAUGAAUGUGCAGAGGCCCCUGAAAUAUGUGGAGAAAAUGCAACCUGUUUCAACACAGAUGGCAGCUACUACUGCCAGUGUCAGGAGGGUUUCAGGUCAAAAACUGUAAAUUUUACUAAUGAAGACUCUGUCAAAUGUACAGAUAUCAAUGAAUGUUGGGAAAACGAUAUCUGUGGACCCAAUGCCACUUGUCAAAACAUCAUUUCCAACUACACCUGCAGCUGUCAAAAUGGAUUUGCCUCUUCUACUGGAGUGGAAAUAUUUCAUGGCCGAGACAACGUCACAUGCAGAGAUAUCAAUGAAUGUUUGGAAAUCAAAGAUAUCUGUGGACCCAAUGCCAAUUGUCAAAACACAAAUUCCAACUACACCUGCAGCUGUCAAAAUGGAUUUGCCUCUUCUACUGGAGUGGAAAUAUUUCAUGGCCGAGACAACGUCACAUGCAGAGAUGUCAAUGAAUGUGCAGACGACCCUGAAAUAUGUGGCGAAAAUACAAACUGUUUCAACACAGAUGGCAGCUACUACUGCCAGUGUCAGGAGGGUUUCAGCUCAAAAGCUGUAAAUUUUACUGCUGAAGACUCUGCCGAAUGUAAAAACACAGAUAAAUGUAAAGAUGAAAAGGUUUGUGGUCUGAAUGCAUCAUGUAUAAACACACAAGGAAUUUAUUACUGCAUCUGCAAUGCUGGCUAUGCACUGAAAUCUGGAAAAUCUAGCUUUUCUGGGCAGGAGGAGCAAUGUGAAGACAUAUGUAAGAUUGAUGACACAAUUUGUGGAAAUGGAUCCUGCCUCCAUGAAGCCAGUGGCCAUUACUGUGCAUGCUCUGCAGGCUUUACUAACUACGGCAACAAAAAGGGUCGUUGUACUGAGCUUCACUGUGGUUUUUUCAAGGAUAUGAACAAUCUUACGGAGAAAUUUGACAUGGUUCAAAAUGAUACGAAGAAACUGAGUGAAAGUUGUCUGAAGCUCUCAGGAAGUGAAGAUGCAAAGGAGCUCAAUGGAGACGACUUACUAACGCUUCUGCUCUCUGUGAUCGACCAGCUCCUGUCUGCUGGAUCUGUCAAAGGCAACAGGAAAAUCUCCACAUUUUUAGACGUGGUGGAACAAGUUUUAAGGUUCAUUGGACCUUUAAUUAAAACACCAGUAACUAAAAGAUCCACCAAUCACACAGAACUGGAGCUGCUGGUACAUACUGGGUCGGUUAUACCUCAAGAAUUAAAGACUUUGUCGUCUAAACAUGGUAAAGUGGAUAUCAAGAUGAAAGAAGCUGCAGGAAAUCUCUCAUCUUAUCCGGGAUUUACAACAGUUUCGCUGCUGAGCUAUUCAAACCUGGAAGAAUCUGCAAAAGGUUUCUAUAGUGGGAUGAAAAAGAAUGAGAGCCAGAGCUUUAAGAUAAACUCCAAAGUGGUGACUGUCAUUGUUAGCAAUACAGACACAAAACACCUGAACGAAUCAGUCAAUAUAACUUUAUAUCACCUUGAAUCAAAUCAAACUCUCCACACCUGUGUGUUUUGGGAUUCCUCUAAGGAUGGAGGGGGGUGGUCUGAUCGCGGCUGCAGUUUGGCGGAGUCCAACCCAAAUUACACUGUGUGUUCCUGUAACCACCUGAGCAGCUUCGCUGUGCUCUUGGCCCUCUAUGAGAUAGAGAGCACUUUUGAGUUGCUGCUGAUCUCCUGGAUAGGCCUGUCCCUUUCAUUAAUUUGCCUGUUCUUCUGCAUCCUGACCUUCUCAAUGAUUCAGUCUAUCAAAAGCCCAAGAACAACCAUCCACCUUCACCUCUGCAUCAGCCUUUUUAUUGCAACUCUUAUCUUUCUCGCUGGCAUCUCUCAGACACAGAACAAGGUUGGCUGUGCAGUAGUUGCAGGGAUGCUGCACUUCUUCUACCUGGCCGCAUUCUGCUGGAUGUGUCUGGAGGGAGUCCAGCUCUUCAGGAUGGUGGUCCUGGUCUUCAACACCAACUUUAAAACCAGCUACAUGAUGGCAGGGGGCUACGGAGUUCCUGCUGCAAUUGUUGCUGUCACUGCAUUGAUCAAUAGAGAUGGAUACGGCACUAAGAAAUAUUGCUGGCUAAACUUGGAUUUGAUUUGGAGUGUCUAUGGCCCUGUCUGUGUCAUCAUUACUGUAAACAUUUUCUUCUUCCUUAUCACUGUGUGGAAGUUGGCCCAGAAGUUUUCAAGUUUAAACCCUGACCUGGAUAGCUUGCAUAAAAUCAAGGCGUUCACCAUUACUGCAGUGGCUCAGCUCUGUGUACUCGGCAUCACGUGGAUCUCUGGGUGUUUCCAGUUAAACAAGAAUACAAUAGCAAUGUCUUAUCUCUUCACCCUUUUUGGCAGCCUUCAAGGUGUUAUGCUCUUUGUCAUGCACUGUCUAUUUUCCAAACAGGUGAGGGAAGAGUAUGAAAACAUUCUUUCUCAACUACGUGCACCUCGGAAGAGAGAAUACUCUGAGUUCAACUACUCAAGCAAAGCUAAUGCGUCCAGAAGUACCCAGGACACGGGAGAGUCUCACAUUUAACUGAGCGAUAUCUCCAGGACAUCUCAGAAUGUCAUUUUUAAAAUGAGCUCUGAGACCCACAGUGAAGUUUGGGGCCCCUCAGGGUGCGUGGCCCGUUGCUAUUUUCACUUUGUCUUCUGCCUCCUGAAGCUCUUCUGCGCUGAUUUAGCCUAACAACUCACUGUUAUGCUGACAAUCUGCCUUUCUCAUUUGGAAACGGUGCAGAUUUGUCUAAAGUACAGCCCCAUCUAUUGGUAAUUAGGUAUUGCUUAUCAAAAUAAUUUCCUGCUUCUUAAUAGUGACAAGACAGAUUUAAUGGCCAUCGGACCCCACAGGACAUUUGGCAGAUAUGUUCCUCAGUAGGUUUUUAAAGCUAAGUUUAACAAAUCACUUUUUCACUCGGUCAUAUGUGAUUUAAUUUUAUACUUAUUGUUUUUGCUGCUUUUCUUGGUAUUGUAUCGGGGUUUUUUAACUCCUUGCUCAGCACUUUGAAUGGCUUUAUAAAUAAAGUUAUUAUUAUUAUUGCUAUUAAUAGCUUUGGAUUAAAGUCCAGCUAAAAUAUAGAUAUUAAAGCUUUGAACAUGGCUUGUUUUGACAACUCAGACUGUCCAUAAUAUCCUUUGAUUUCAUGGCAAUAUUUUUUUAACAGUGUUUUUGUAACUUGAUAAAUAAUUUAAUUUAUUUAGGAAAUGUACAUACAAAAACAUUAUUUUUAUAUGAAAAAUUAUGUGUUCUUUUGCUCAAAAUUACAUGUUUGUAGAACUUAAUCAGGCACGUCUACUAAUGUAAUUUGCUUCAUUCAGGUACUUAUUUCAAUUAGCAAGGACAAUCCAAAAUAUACUUAUGUUGCAAGAUCUUUUAAAUCUUUGAGCUUAAGAAAUCCAAAUGAAAUCCAAAACACAAACACAGAUUUAUCAUUUGAAUUUUUGCCUGUAUUAGUGUAUGGCUCCAAGGCCGCUGCAUUUAUUGCAUCUGAAUACAUGGAAAAGAGUUGUUUAUUCAGUGAGUUAAUAUGCUAUUUGUCUUGAAACUGAUCUUAGGUAAGUUCAGUUGUUAUGGUCCUCUGAAAUGGUAGCGCCGCUGUAACACAUGGUUUUAGAGCACAUUGCAUAUUUUACACUGAUGCUGUUUAUUUCUUGUUUACAUAUCUUUCUUUGUGUGAAUUAUUA